AUGUACAAAAAGUGGCUUGGUACCAUGUCUCGGUCUGUGGGCUUUGAGACUCACGCGAGAGGCCAACACGAGCCCAUCCUGGCGACUCUCUUCAUCCGGUCCACCAACCCCCAAUCCGUGGAGGCAGAAGCAAAUCUGCCCAACUGUCUGCCAAUCAAGAGGCUUCAGACACGGUGCCAUCCCAAGCUGAAGAUGUCCCAUUCUCCCAAUCGUGAUGUGGGCUCGUUGCAAUGA